UUAAUUUGCUCAUUCUAAAAACAACAAAACUUGAGUUAAACUUCUUUUUGUCAGAGAAAGAUCAAGAAAAUGAAAAGCUUCAUGGGGCAUCUGAUUGUAGCUGCAGUCUUUCUGGCAUCGGUUUCUUCCAUUGUCAAUGCUAACGAUCCAGGCUCCGUACAAGACUUUUGUGUUGCAGCUAGAAAUCCAAAUUCUGCUGUGUUCGUCAACGGUCAAUUUUGCAAAGAUCCAAAGCUGGCUGUGGCAGAAGAUUUCUUUCUCGCAGCAUUCAAUAAGCCUGGAGUCAUUACGAGCCCACAAGGUUCCAUAGUAAAACCCGCUAAUGUUGCUCAAAUUCCUGGACUUAACACUCUUGGUAUCUCUAUGGUGCGUAUUGACUAUGCUCCCUAUGGAGGUAUGAAUCCUCCACAUACCCACCCGAGGGCCACCGAAAUUUUGGUCGUCUUGGAAGGUACUCUUGAUGUUGGAUUUGUCACAUCGAAUCCCGAAAACAAACUCAUCGCAAAGACCCUUCAAAAGGGAGAUGUGUUUGUAUUCCCCAUCGGCCUCAUUCAUGCCCAAGUUAAUGUUGGAAAGACCCCAGCUGUUGCUAUUGCUGCUCUAAGCAGUCAAAACCCUGGUGUGAUCACAAUUGCUAAUGCUGUUUUUGGUUCUAAACCAUUCAUUCCUACUGAUAUCCUCGCCAAGGCUUUUCAAGUUGACAAUAACAUUAUUGACCAUCUCCAGGCUCAGUUUCCGAAGCAGGCUUGAAGAAUUUGCGUGAUAACAACUGUUUAAUUUGUAUGUGUAUUGAAGAAUAAACCCAAAUGAUGCAACCUAAAACAUCGCCUUCAUUUAUUUUAUUUUGCUCUAUUUGAAAAUUGUGAU